AUGCACCAUAAAAACAGCCCCUCCCAAUUAAAACCAAGGACUUUUAUUAUUGAGCAGGAGCUCAGCCAAUGAUCUUGAGCUUGCAGAGCUGGGGAAUACAGCAGCAGAACAGCAGAGGGGCUAGUGGGAAAGAAAAACUGCAGUAUAUAUAUUUUUUAUUUUACUGAUCUAAUCAAUUUAACACCUCAGUUUCAGGGAACAAGCUUGUACGAGUGAGAGCAUCUUAAGGGUGAAAUCAUAACUGCAGGACUGACUGGCUUGUAGGGCAGAAUUAUUUUUCUUUAGCACAGCAAAAAAAGUAUUUUGAAGCAUCCAGACAAUAUUCUUUUUCUUUCUUCAAGACUCAAAGUAUCCUGAAGAGACCACAGAAGUUUCUCCAUUCGGAAGAAGGCUUUGAACACGGUGCCCUAUGUAAUCAGCCCUGAGGCUGGAAGACAAGCUGUGUGGCAACCCCCUCUCGCUUAGUUCAGAAUGACGUGGGGCUUGUUCAAGAAGAAGCCAGAGCCCAUAGUGGGCCCCAAACCAAACAGCACAGUGACCAUGCCCCCUCCGGUCAUGUCUACUGUGGCUGACAACUCGACUGAAGUGGAAGGACCUAACGGUAAGAAGAAAGACAUCUUCGAGGAUAUCAGGAGCAAGUUCAUCAACGAGAUCGACAAGAUUCCUUUGCCACCCUGGGCUAUCAUUGCCAUUGCCGUGGUUGCUGGCCUUCUGCUCCUCACCUGCUGCUUCUGCAUCUGCAAGAAGUGCUGCUGCAAGAAGAAGAAGAACAAGAAAAAUAAGAAGGACAAAGGUGCCCUCAACAUGAAGAACAUGAAAGGAGGGGAUCAGAACAAACAGGACGAUGAUGAUGACGAUGCAGAGACGGGACUGACUGAAGAGGAUGAGAAGGAGGAGGAGAAAGAGCCGGAGAAGCUGGGCAAGCUGCAGUUCUCACUCGAUUAUGACUUUCAGGACAACAAGCUGAAUGUCGGGAUUAUCCAGGCAGCUGACCUCAUCUCCAUGGACACAGGGGGCACGUCUGAUCCCUACGUGAAGGUCUACAUCCUGCCAGACAAGAAGAAGAAGUUUGACACCAAGGUCCACAAAAAGACACUGAACCCUACCUUCAACGAGACCUUCACGUUCAAGGUCCCCUACGAGGAACUGGGAGGAAAGACCCUGGUGAUGGCGAUCUACGACUUUGACCGCUUCUCAAAGCAUGACAUCAUCGGAGAGGUGAAGGUGCCCAUGAACACAGUGGAUCUGGGAAAGCCCAUUGAGGAGUGGAGAGACCUGGAGAGUGUGGAGAAAGAGGAGCCUGAGAAGCUGGGAGAUAUCUGCAUCUCUCUGCGUUACGUUCCCACGGCAGGGAAGCUCACUGUCUGCAUCCUGGAAGCCAAGAACCUGAAGAAGAUGGAUGUGGGUGGGCUCUCAGAUCCCUAUGUGAAAAUCCACCUCCUAGCGAACGGUAAGAGACUGAAGAAGAAGAAGACGACGGUGAAGAAGAACACGCUGAAUCCCUACUACAACGAGUCCUUCAGCUUCGAGAUCCCCCUGGAGCAAAUACAGAAAAUCCAAGUGGUGGUCACAGUGCUGGAUUAUGAUAAGAUUGGCAAAAACGAUGCCAUCGGCAAGAUCUUAAUAGGCAUUAAUUCCAGGCACUUUUCCGACAUGUUGGCAAACCCGCGUCGACCCAUCGCACAGUGGCACCCGCUCCAACCUGAGGAAGAGAUAGACGCAGAACUGGCAAAAAAGAAGUAAAAAAAAACACUGACCGAACAAACUAACUAACUAAUAAACUAACAGACACUGCAUGAAAUUAAUGGAUUACCGAUACUAGAAAACAUGGUAAGCGUUAAAAAAAAUUAAAUAAACAGCAGCACCUACUGAAACUCCAGCAACAACUACCACAACAUGAUUUCUAAUAUUCAAAAACUGAUUUAAACUAACAACAAAUCAUGUAAAUUGGACGAGAUGGAUAGAUCAGUUCACUUGUAUACGUUUAAAAUGCAUACAAGUUUUAGUUUUAAAUGUUUUGUGAUUGCUUUAUUUAAGGUUCUGUGAUUCCGUGUUGAGAAGAAUUGAUAAAAGGUUGCGAUGUACGACAUGCAUUUUAUAGGUAUAUUAGUAAAAUGACAUCUCUAACAUCCUGCAGAUACAGCCUGUGUCUGCAGGGGGAACGUAUGAUUAUACUGUGAAUUAGUAUCAAAGGUAAGCAAUGUGGUAACAUAAACCCAAGAUGUUCUGAAAAUGAUCCCUUUAAAGAAACACAUUUGAAGAAAAAACGUUUCUAGACAAUAGUGGUUGAAAGUUUGUAACAAAGAAAACCCCGCUUACGUUACUGAGAGAGCUUACGUUACUGAUAGAAAAUUCAUACAUUAUAAUCUAACAACAUGCUGUGCGCUUGAUGUGAGUGACCAUGACUAAAGUAAGACGCUAUUUUCAUGCAGCGAUAUUCUAAAAUCAAGGAAUACAAUAUCAAACGAAUUAAGUAAAACAAAACAAAUAAGUUACACGCAAUGGUUAAUUCUGUAUUUGUUUUUCUGUCCAAUGCAAUACAAUUUGAAAAGAUUUAGGGAUAAAAUGACAGCCAUAUUUUUUUUAAAUCUGCAAUUGCUUGAAAAAAAGGGGAUUUCGUUGUUGUUUUUGAGCGUCCUAUAAACAACACAGUUUUAAUCCUCCAAGGAUAAAAAUGCUACCGUUUUGCAAAACCCCAUUUGAGGGCUGAAAUGUAUUUAGUGGAGGGAUGACAGUGGCUAUAAAACAGUAAUAUAACCCUGUUACUAAGUACUGACAAUAAAUGCAUAAAAUAGUAGAGAAAGUUAAUUCAUUUUUCUUCUUGUGGGGGUAUGUAUCUUGUCUUCUGCAUAUUCAACGGGGAUACUGCCGUCCAAGACUGAAGGGCAUUUUGCCAUGCCUCAAGAGUUUGGGGACAUCUAAUUUAAACUGCCUGCAAUCUACCACCUGCCUUCCCCAUCACCCCUCAUACAACCUCAAUUGGCUUUACUGAGAGCUCCACUCUAGACAAACACAUAUUCACAUAACCUCUGACCAGACCAGUAGUGUACCACAGUGACCCCUAGUGGUACAAAGACAACUCCACAGUGACGAGGCGACAACGGAAACCAUUGCCUUCUUUUUCAUAGGUUUCUCAUCUGAUAAAAAAACAAACAAAAAAACGAUGCAAUAAAACCGUGGUUUAUGAAGACUGAUAUAAAUAUAAACACUAAAAACACAUUGGAAGCAUAUCGUUAUAAAUAAUUAAAAGACAUAAACUGUGAUUUGUCAGGAAUUUCAUGACCACGUUAGUGGAUAUUUAUAUGUUAAGGUUCCCUUGCGAUAGCCCACACAGAUUAUUAUUAUUAUUAUUAUUUAUUUCUUAGCAGACGCCCUUAUCCAAGGCGACUUACAAUCGUAAGCAAAUACAUUUCAAGUGUUACAAUACAAGUAAUACAAUAAGAGCAAGAAAUACAAUAACUUUUGUUCCACACAGAUGCAGAAUUUUCUAAUAAUUUCAUGAGGGGGUGAAAGAAUGAACUGAAAAGUUGUUUAUAACUGUCAAUAUGUUCACUUUUCUAUAUCCUGUAUCCAAGAUAAUAUCUCGAUGGGAAUAUGCUAGGUGUGUCCCAAGCUGUUUCUCAGAAAAGGUACGAAAUCCUUAGCAAAGCCACGAUCUACUGAGCAACACACCCCUAAUAAAUACCCACAAACCACAGUUUAAUUUGGAAAUUAUCCUACAAAGGCACAAUAGACCACACACAAAAAUGCACGAUACUUCAGUGUUACUUUAAACAGGAAAAAUAAAAAGUAAGAAAUGCAAUAUUAUGAACGUGAAUGUCUUUAGUUACAUUGAAUAAAGCAGGUUAUUAUUUUAAGGCUCGUUUAAAUGAAGUAUUCUGUCUCUUUAUUUCCAAUGUCCAAGGUAUUUUUUUUGUUGGGUUUUUUUUUGUGGUUAUAUCUAUAUUAAUGCAAUACAGCCACUCGGUUUCAAAACUUCAUAUUUUUUAAGCCAUCUGAGCCUCUCCCUGUGUUCCAAUUAAAAAUCUAUGAACUAAAAUAACGAUUCCAUCGGUGUGUAGUUUUGCCUAUAUAUAUACAUAGAUGAACUUGUUUAUACUGCAUGUUUCAAUACAAUACUGUAAAUAGCAGCAUGUGUUAAAGAGAGGAAGAAUCUAUCGUGUAUGUGUGUAUCAUUUGCCAUUUUAAUAAAAAACAAAAGAAAAAAAGAAAACAAAAAAAAAGAAAACAUGCACUGACUGUAUAUUUUCUAUGUGACGGAAUCUGUAUUUUCCGCGAAUGGAUAUGGGAAAGAAUGUAAAAUAUAGAUUUUUAAUUUCAAUAGACAAACUUUGAACUGCCUGAUUUUCAUGUGCAAAAGGGUGUUGUGUAUAGUCCUGUGUGAGUCCAACGCAAUGGUGUAAACGCAUGUCUGCUAACUAUUUUAGUGUUAACACGUCUCUGAUUCAUGUUGUUGUUCAUGUAUUUCCUAUUUGUUUGUUUGUAAACUAUAUAUAUAUAUAUAUAUAUAUAUAUAUAUAUAUAUAUAUAUAUAUCAAGUUUAUACAAGGGUGUCCAAGUUGAAGUCAUGCAUUUAUCCCCCAACAUACCUUACUGUGUCUUUGAGGUGCAGGCAUGAGGUGCCCCAUACAAAAAACAUGUCUAUUUAAAGAUGCAGAAUGCAACCUGCUACGUACACUUUACACUACAGAGCAGAAGUAAAGAAAAACAGAUUUUAUGGUACUUCAAAGAUUUGAUACUGUAGAUUUGUCAAUAAUUGAUACAGACCAGUUACAUCCAAAUCAAUGUGCUAUACUCUCUAAAUGAUCAUAGCACUUUAUUUAUUUAUUUUUAUUUUUCACAAAUUCCUUUACAAUCUUGAAUCUGUUAACAAGAUAUGUACUGUCUGUCCUGCUCUGGUAAUAUCUGCUGUUGAUCCUGGUAUAGGAUCAUCAUCUCGUGAGCACAGUGAGUGAUUCAAUGAGAUCAUCUGUCUGAAAUGAUGAUUCGGUUCACGUCAGUAAUGAGCAUUCUUUUAUAACACUCAUUUUAUAAAAUUGCUGUCCUUUUGUAUUUUUACUGCCAAUAUAAAGACCUCCCUUCUGUAUGUGCUGCUAACAUGCCUCAGAGAGCACUAUGAAUGCUAGUGAAUCAGUUCCAUUGGAAACAUAACAACCUCAACAGAUAUUGAAACUUGGAACCCCUUGUAUAUGUCCUUUUCUAAAGCAGCUAUAUUUUGUGUCUGCUAAGAUAAUCCUAUGCUCAUGCUUCCAAGCUUUUUAACUGCAACUUCUUCUAUAUGUGUGUGUGUGUGUGUGUGUGUGUGUGUGUGUGCGUGUGAGUGUAUAUACAGAUUAUUAAAAACAAGAAAGCCAUAUGAACACUAAUACCUUUAGAGUUCAGCUACAUAGAACCUAACCUACUUAUAUCGUCACUGUUUUUCGUGUAGUCUUGUAGUGCAACUUCAACUUACUCCUUUUUUUGAAUGCUUUGAAUCCUUAGAACUGCUGUUGAUUAGAAGACCUUGUCUAGGAUGUAAACCCAAACAUAUAGUGUAACUUGUAUCACAAAAUCCAAAGCUGAAGACAUUUUGAAUAACACAAAUGCAUCCAUGUGGACAUUGUUGUAUAUCAUUUUGUUUGUGAUGUUAUAGUAAGUAUAACAACCGUUUGUUGUUGAUAUACUUACUACAAUGAUAUUAUAAUAUGUAAUAUAAUAUAGAAAAUGUUUUUUAUUUUAUUUAUUUUUCUUCACUAAAAUUUUGGAUUGCAAGCCACUCCCUAGCAAACUGUAUAUGAACCUUAACUCAUAAGCUUUUGUAUAAAAUAAAGUUGGAUAUUCUUGAAAUGUUUCUAAGACUGCUGUUUAACCAAACAGUGUCAGUCUAAAGCCAUUUAAAGAAUAUCAAUGUCAUCAAUUUUCACACUGUCAAGUCGUGAGCCUAGUAUGGCACCUGCUAUAUAGUUAGUAUGUUGGAGACUUGCAGUGCUGAGUUGCCAUGGAAGCUAUCCUGGCCAAUCAGAAACACUCUUAUUGGGUUGGUUUCAUACUGAGACUAGGGUGGGCCAUUUCAGAAAAUGUGCUGGGUUUCUUUGAUGAAGUAGUACUGUCCAAAUUGACAAAUAAUAACUAGUUUUUUUUACAAUAAUACAGCAAGUAUGUACAUUUUGUUAACAGAAAAUUUACAUUAUGUGGCAUAGUCCACUUAUGGUGUAGCCAUCCAUGUGUGAGCAAAAUAACAUUUCCGAAAUGUAUUCUUCCAGUAUUCUAUGGGUUAAUGGAAGCAGUGUUUGAAUUUGGGACUAUUACACCCCCCCCCCCCCAAAUGGAUAUGUUAUGAUUUAUAUUGUGUGAAAGAUUACUGUUUUCAAGGUGAAACAGAUAUUCCCCAAACAAAAAUGAAGAAGUUAUAUAUAAAAAUAUAUUUUUGUUUUUAGUAUUAUGAAUAUUUUGAAAUAUGUAAUAUUUUAGUAGAGAAUGCAACUAGGUAAAAUAAUACAUGUGAUGCCAUACAAAAAAAACUUAGGCACUAAGUAAAAACCUCAUGUACAGUAUGGAGUAACUUGAUAGGGAAAACAUUAAAUAAAAGUGUGAGUCUAUCCUUACGAUGCUUAUAAAAUCAAAUUCAAGCACUGGCCAGGCAUUCAGCCCUAUCUAUCAAAACUACCCCUGUAUAGGUACCAGUUUACUAUUGAAAUGAAGCAGGAAUGUGAGCGAUCAGAUCCAUGAUAAAUCUAUCCCAAACUAUUAAUAAUAAUAAAUAAAUAAAUAAAUAAAUAAAUAACGUGAUUAAUUGGGUUUCUAUUGUCUAGUGUGCACAACCUUUCCAAUAGUGCAGUUCUCAUUUCAUACAUUAUCUAAUACUGUACAUAUGCUUUCAAAUCUUGAUGUUAUCCUCCAAGAUCCUGUAUGGGGUUUUUGCAUGGGUUGAUAUAGGGCUAGGUUAUCUAUGAGUGUAAUUGGUCUUCAUGUGCAUAUUCUGCAUUGCUAUUUGUCUACCUGCAACCGUCUUUUAAACACCAUGCAUAGAUACAAUUAGAUGGGUAUCACUAAUAAAACAGACUUUAAAGUAGAAUGACUAUAUUAUAAACAUUGCAAGCAGAGAUGCUUUGCCAUUAUGAUGUAAAUAACCGGAGUUUAAGAGCUUUCUCACAUAUUUAUUAAUUUAUGUCUUGCACUGCAUCUUGUAUUCCACCAGGUGGUGGUAUUGUAAAAUAUGGAUCACAGUGUUUCCUGCACAAUAGCACCAUCUGUAGGUAAAGCCCAGCACUGAAACUGCAAAUGUCUUCCAUUUCAGGACUGGUCAUGCCAUCCCUUCUCAAUUGUAAAAUAAUAUCCAAAGAACUGUUAUUUGGUGGGGGGUGGGUAUAGGGUUUCUUGUACUUAAUUUUCCCUGUCUUUCUUAAUGUUGUGGUGCGUUCAUGUCAGUAUUGUACCUUCUGUGGAAAGCAUGCUUUACCCCUUGAUGGGACACUUUGCAAAUGUUGCUCCAGCAACCAUGAACUUGAACAUCAAUGCAUCAGCAACCCUUGUAAAGACUUCAAGGGAACCAAAUAUGAUGAAAUAUCUCGAUAGAAAUUUAUCAUGUUAAGUUACCAGCUCUGUACUGAACAUAUAGGAAAUAAAGGCCUUUUAGCUAU